CACGCCAAAAGGUGAAUGGCAGCACAUACAGAAUGAGCUGAGGUGGCCUCAGCUGGAGAGUCUUCUUUAGUGGGGAAGAAGGAUGCUGAAUAGGCUUGGCCCUCUUAAGCACUACCCACAGAAUCCUAGACCAAAGAACUAGCUAUCAAAUACCUUUUACUAAUUCUGUAGUAGAUUAAAAGAAGGGUAGUUUGUUAGUGCCUUGCUCCCUCUUUUAUAAGUGAGUUGAUGAGGAUCAAGGAGCCCAGACCUCACCUCGUACUUUUAAAACCUGUUUGGUAGAUUCAUUAUAGCAUUUUAUGUAUCACUCAUAUCCUGGAGAUAUUUAUCAGACUUGCUGCCUUUUGCAGUUCACUUUAUUGCUCUCCUUAGCAGCUUUCAUCUCUUAAAUUAGGAAAAUCAUCAAUGGCUUUAGAAGACGUUUCGCAAGACAAAACCAGAUAAUUCUAGGCAAAUUCCCAACAGCAGUGAAGCACUAACUUUCUGAUUUAUAAACCAAACCCCUCCAUUUGUUCUUGCUUGCAUGGCUGGAUUUGACUGGUUGUUUUUUAACAUGCAGGAGGAAUAUAGACAACAGCAGUUAGCUUGGAUUCCUAGUUCCAAGAUGUACAGUGAGUCAUGCCUAGAUGUCAUUGCUGGAAAAAAAAAACCAUGGCAUCUUGUACAUCCUGGAUAACCAAACUUCACUGACUCAGGUGAGAAGCUCUUAUCCUCUUACGUGAUCCCUCUCACAGUAUGGUUAUGGUGAGGCAGUUAUACAGAUUGAAUAGGGAUUGUGUUUGCCCAAGUAUUAGAUAUUUUUGCCUUUGGUUUGACAGCAGCUUUUCAGCCUACUGAAUGUAAGUUGCAGCAGCAGUAAAUGUUCACCUAGGACAGCAAGGUGGGUGGCAAGGCCCCUCCUCAUGGUGGCUCCUGAUCUGGUCUGCAGGGAAUAUCCUGUUACUGGAAUGGUGAAGGGACUUCCCUGCCUGGUUCCCAAAACUGAGCAGAGGUUCCAGGGAAAAUACAGCUGCUGUCAAAACCAUUCCAGUAAUGUGCCUGUGCUAAGGCUGAUAUUGUGAUAGCUGGAGUAAAGGAUGCAGGGGAAACAGCCAAGAGAGGACGAGGCUUAGCAGAGUAAGACCAAAUCAAGACUUGCUGAUUGUAUUAAUGGUCUGUUUGGUCCAUAUCUUUGAAGUGAGUCAACAGUCUGUCUAAAUUUAGUUGAUAUUUCCCUCAUUAACAACUCUUCUCUUUUCACAUCCCUCUAAAAAACAUUACAGGAAGCUGAAGAAGACCUUGGUGCAGUUUAAUACCAUGAUUUUACUCUCCAGAUCUUUGAUUAAAAAGAGGAAACACUGACAGCAGGAAUUAGAGGAAAGGAAACAACGGAGGUGGUCCCUGGCCAGUGGUGACACAGAGGACAGUCCCAACCAAAGAAUGGAUGCGGGGCUUCUGGAGAUCCCUGCAGAGCUUGCUGCCCUCCUACAGGUAGCUGAAGGUCAAUACCGAGCACAGGCCAGCCAGAUAACUGAGGCAUUGUCUCCUGAAAUCAAGGUCAAAGAUGAUCUUUCCCUCCCACCGACCAUCAACAGCUAUCCUUUCUCCUCCUUCAUUAAGUCACACUUUCAGAAGACAUAUUUCCCACCCCCUGGCCAGCCGCUGCAGCACCCCUUAACCCAUCUGGAUGCUGAGCAUCAGGAGAGUGCGCUUGAGAUCAACAAACUGAUUUUGCGGUUCAUUGGUGACAGGAAUCUCCAUGGCUGGCAGGAGAUGCUUCUGGGCAACUACAUUGCUGGGAGAGGUUUGAACAAUGUGGCUCUGCGCAAUGAAAUCUUCAGCCAGGUGGCUGCCCAGACAUGGAAAAACCCAGACAUGGAGUGCAGCCAGCGAGCAUGGGUCCUGAUGGCAACUUUGCUGAGCUGCUUUGCUCCUUCCCCAACGCUGGAGAAGCCACUGCUGAAAUUUGUGUCAGAUCAUGGCAUGGAGGGCUACAAUGCUGUCUGCCAGCGCAAGAUCUUGACAGCAGCCCAGUUCACAGAGACAGACGCUACGGUCUCUCGGGCCUACCCUCCCACUCAGCUGGAGUGGAUUGCGAACCAGAGGAAGGGGAAGAUGGUGCUGGAUGUUCAUACCUUUAAUGAGGAGAAGUUCUCAGCUGAGGUGGAGUCCUGGAUGACUGGGGAGCAGUAUGCAGGCUGGAUCCUGAGUGCAAGGGGCUGUGAUAAGAAGUCUCGAGGGUGGUCUAUCUCCAUGUUUACUGGCAACACAUGGCAGGACCUGCUGGGCUGUGACUUUGUGCUGGACCUCAUUGGAGAGAUGGAGGAGCCCAGCAGCCCCUCUCAGUCCUCAGCUGAGUACCCCAUCACUCCUGAAAGGGACAGAAGCUUCCUCCAGAACUCUGACCUGGCUUUAAUCCCUCCUGCUCCAGGCAUCCAGGCACCUACCUUCCCACCACCUAGCCUGCCUCCAGAAUUCAACAAUCUCCAUCCAGAUCCAAGAUUCAGAGAUGACCUGAGGACCCCUGUAGGCUUGGAUCACUACGUGGAUGAUCUCUUCAGCACUGUCCUGCAGCAAGGCUCCAGAUUGCCAGAUAUAGAGAACAGGGAGAUUCUGACUGGACGCAUGAAAGGAGGUGGGAAGAUUGGACCCACACAGAGAGGAAUCUUUCCUUCUACAGGCUUUUCUGGAAUGACUCAAACACCAGUUUACCAGCCCAUGCCUUCCAUGAUGGGGAUGCCAGCAGUCAUGCCUAUGAUGCCAGCAGCUGCUGGGAUUGCACCUAUGCCAGCCAUGGCUAUGCCUCAGCCUCUGGUUGCAUCUGUAGAUCCCAACCAGUUAGCAGCACAACAGCAAGCCUUUAUCAACCAGCAAGCAAUGCUCAUGGCCCAGCAGGUGACCCUUCAAGCCAUGAGCAUUUCCCAGCAGCAACAGCAGCAGUGGCAACAGUCUCUUGAGAAAUCAAGGCCAAGAGUCUCAAGUUCACCACAAGCCCAAGCCCCAGCUUCAGCCUCAGCCCCAGUCCCUGCCACUUUCCCAAAACCUAAGAAGCCUCCCAGCAGCCAAAAUGCUGCUCCAGCACCAAAGGCUCCAGAGCCACCAGCUAAGGCAGAAGAACCGGUUUCUGACUACAUGGCAGACCAGCUCUCCAGCAGUGAAGAGGAUGACUAUCCUCGGGAAACCUUCCAGCAAAAAAGAGACUAUUUUCAGAAAAUGGGAGAGCAACAGAUCCGUGUGAAGAAAGUCAGUCCUUCCAAAACCUGGACCCCUCCAGCAAAUCCCCAGCCAAAGCAGGAGGAGAAGGAAGAGGAGCAGGAGAAGAGGAAAGAAGAGAAGCCUGGCCCUAAAACCGAGGCAGCUUCUGCUCCGCUUUUGCCACCUCCUGAGCCAAAGCCAAAAAACCAAACACCAAAAGUAAAGAAGGAGCCACCAGUAGUGAAGGCUUCUGGCCCCGAGCUGCGGCCUGCACCCAGCCGGGAGAUCCGCAACAUCAUCAGGAUGUACCAGAGCCGGCCAGCCCCCGAGCCCCAGCCCAUCGAGCCUGCCAGGAAAGUAUCUAAGCCAUUUAUGAAGAAGAACGACCCCAAAAAUGAGGCUCUGGCCAAGCUGGGAAUGAUGAACCUCCCAUCUCCCAAAUCAACAUCCCCACUGCCACAAGAGAAGAGACCACCUCCACCUCCCAAGCCCAAGCCUGCCUCAGCUUCCAGCUCUAUCAAGGAGAAGCAGCUGCCUCUCCUCUCUGUCUUCAGCCAGGAGAGUACCCCACCAGGUUCCCAGGCCCCUCCUGCUCCCCCUCUUCCCCCACCAUUGCCUUCUCCUCUCCUGCCCGAGACCCCAGGCUGGCAGGAAUCCACAGGGAAGGACUCUGCUGUAACAGUAGCAGAAGAUGAUGGUAUCAAGACCCAGUUGUACAAGCUCACUAGCAGUGUCAGCUUUGCCUAUGACAAGCCAGCCUGGAAAAUCUUUCUGCGCAAAGAGGUGUUUUACCCCAAAGAAAACUUCAGUCACCCUUACUGUCUGAACCUGCUGUGCGAACAGAUCAUACGUGACACCUUCUCUGAUUCCUGCUUUCGCAUCUCCAGGGAAGAGAAGCGCAAGAUGAAAGAUCUGCUGAUGGAGUUCCGGGUUGGCAAUGAUGUCCAGUCCAUUCAGGAGGAUGGGAUAAAGAAGAGGAUUGUACUGGCUGCUCGGGAUAACUGGGCUAACUAUUUCUCCCGCCUUUUCCCAGUUCAUGGUGAAAAUGGAAGUGAUGUCCAGAUCCUGGGUGUUUCUCACCGGGGCAUACGGCUGCUGAAGGUGAUGAAAGCAGCUGGGUAUAAUCCUAAGCACUUGAAGAUUCUUUGCAGCUACUGCUUUGCAGAUGUGCUGUCAGUGGAACUGAAGGGCAGCGAUACCCUGGUGUUCUCUCUGAAGACAGAGCAGCUCUUCUUGCGCUCUCCAAAGGCUGCGUGCAUCAAGGCUUUGGUGGAACUCUUCAUGCAGGAGCUGAGGCAGGAUACCAACUAUGUCAUUGCUCUGCGCAGCUACAUUGUGGAUGACAAGAGUCUUCUUAGCUUCAAGAAGGGAGACCUCAUUGAGUUACUGCCCAUGCAAGGCGUGGAGCCAGGCUGGCAGUUUGGCUCCACUGGUGGCCGCUGUGGUAUUUUCCCUACCAGCCUGGUGCAAUUGGCUGCAGCACCCGAUUACCUCAGCACCAGCAUGGACAGACACGGACGGCUGUGGAAGAGCAUGAAGUAUCCCUCAGAGAGCAGGAACACCAGCAGGGAGAGUUCUGCUCCUAGCCUAACAUUAGAACCUGACAGCAUCAUGUUAGUUGCUGCUGGUGAUCGUUAUACCAUGCUUGACUUUGCCACAACCUACUUCCGAGAAGCUCAGUCCAUGCAGGGACUGAAGGGGAUGGCUGCUGAAAAGAAGAGUAUAGCUGAGCUGGUCCAGCACACCAAGGUCCCAAUCCAGGAAUCUUUGCUCCAGUACUCUGAUAGAGAGCUCAGUGAGCUUGCUGCAAAGAACUUCAAGACUCUGAUGCGGUUCAUGGGAGAUCAAGCAAAACUCAAGAACCAAAAUGAUGUUGAAUGCAUCUAUGAAAUCCUUCAGCUGUGCAAGGAGAAGGAGAGCUUGCAUGAUGAGGUCUACUGCCAGGCCAUCAAACAGGUCACCCACAACCCCAACCAGGAGAGCGUGCUGCGUGGUUGGUUGCUCCUAAACCUGCUAACUGGGUACUUCCUCCCUUCCAACAUCCUGAUGCCCUAUGCCACCAAGUUUCUGCAGCUAGCCAGCAGUGAUCCAUCUAGCAUACACCAUGAAAUAGCCAAGAUCUGUCAGAGCAACCUGCGGAAAAAUUUCAUGUAUGGGGGCCGUCGCCACCUUCCCUUCCCUGUGGAGAUGGAGGCAUUGCUGAGGGGGCACGGUGCCCGCCGGCUGGUGAUCCUGCUGCCUGGAGGUGUGGAAUACCUCACCCGGAUCAAGACAUUCACUGUGGCCAAGGAGCUCUUGCAGGAGAUCUGUGAGCAGAUGGGGGCAGGUGAACAGGAAGAGAUACAGGAAUUUGUCCUUUUUGCCAGCAGGAGUGACAACAAUAAUCUCGGCAAGUAGAGGUGAGCAGCUGGCUUCUUU